AAGAUGUCGACCCGAGCAGCAAAGAAACUGCAGCGAGUUUUCGUGGAUUUGAGUGGAAAAGUUAGGGUGCAGAGCUUGGGGGGGAAGUGGUGCACUCCCAUUGUCAAGGAUGAUUACACAUGGUGGAACCGUGUCUGUUUCCUUUAAGCACAAAUCAGACGCCGCUGAGGCAUUCGAGAGGUACCUUGCAGAAAGCCGGGGAGACGGUGCCCCGUCCGAUGUCACGGUCGUGAGAUCUGACAACGGAGGAGAGUUCUUUGAGGGAGAGUUCGGCAGGGUGUGCCGGAAGUACUGCAUCAAACAGGAGUUCACCCCCGCGCACAGCCCAGAAUACAACGGUGUAGCUGAGAGAGCACUGGGUCUGAUCAAGGAUGCAGCACUAGCCGCCCGUAUCCAAGCGCCAACUCUUUACCCCGGAGCACCGAACUACCCAUCCCUUUGGGCCGAGGCCAUAGCUUGGUCAUGCAACGCCCUGAACUGCACCUCCACCACAUCCAACCCAGAAAAGAAAUUGCCGUACGAGAUGUAGCACGGGCACCCUCCCCCGCCGGGGGCGACGUACCCGUUCCUCAAACCUACCG